UUUUGGUGCUUGCUCAUGCAAAUCCAGACUAAUGCUGGGGUGUUCAGUGUUUAUCUUCUGGGUAGAGCACGCAACCCUUGACAGAGCUGACAAAUAUCACAUUAUUCCAUCAUUGUUUCCCACAGGUAGGUCCAAAAAGCUCUUUUCGAUCUUGAAUAUAUAAAUCUACUAUCAUCGAGCUACACAUCACUUUCAUAAGUUGGCUUUUGACUCUUGAUCAUCAUGUGGCUUCUGUUGGGAUUCUGCUUGAUCUCCUCACUCAUCCACUCAGUUCAAAUGCUGCAAUGUUGGGAUGGGUUUUAUCAGAACGCAUCUUUAAAAGCCUGUCCUGCUAACUAUUAUUAUUGUGCUGUUCUCAGGUCAGGCAAUUCUCCAACCUUACAGACUUGCCUACCUUAUAAAACCACCUGUAAUUUCACAACACCUACAAGUGUUAAUUUGGGGUUUUUUGAUAUAACAUUUUCAUGCUGCAACACAGAUGGCUGUAACAAUGUCAGUCUGCCUGAAAAGAACAAUGUCCCGAAUGGACUUAAGUGUGACUCAUGCAACAAUAUGGAAGACAAAGAGUGCAAAACUCCACUGUCCUGUGUGGGAGCCCAGGAAUGCUGCUUCAAUAUGACAGAUUUUGAAGUGUUGGGAAAUUACACAUUGAAGGGCUGUGCUUCAAAAAAUUUUAGUGGAAUCUCAUCAAACUCCACAAUCUCGCUUAGCUGCUACAAUAAAGGGAAUCUAAAUUCUACCCCUAAACCCACCACUACUACUUCUAAAUAUCCCCCAGGCAACAAAAGUACAUCUUGGCUAAGAGUCCACAGCUGCAGUCUUUUACUGAUGAGUCUUAGUGCCAUUUUCUUGAAGGAGAUAAAUUAAUUCAUGAAAGCAAGAAAAGAUAGGGGAGUACCCGGGCGAAAGUAGCAAAGCUUUCUCCGAGCCCUGAUUACAUUUGCAUUCCAAACUAUGACAGCAUUUUAGCACUUCAGUAACACUUAUUGCUUUUGUCCCGCUGCUAAUACUGAUGCAUUAUUUUCAGCUUAUACCACGGGUCUGUUGAAUGCUGCAUUCUGAUUGGCUGAGAAAUGUUUAAUGGGUGUUGAUAAUUUUUCUGUAAACCGCACACCUAACUUGUCAAAUGUCUUAAAAAUAGAAUGUUUGUGUUAACCGUGGUAUAAGCGGAAUAAUUGACUCCAGUCCUUUGAAUUAUUUGAACGUAAUGCACACUUGCGGUGUAACGGAGAACCCCCUUGGUGUGCAUUAUUUUCUUAUAAUUCAAAUUACUUUUUGCAAACAUGAAGGACAAAUAUGUUUGCAGUUACAUAUUAACAAGGUCAUAGUCAGGUAUAUUUACUAAAACAAGUGUAACACAAAAAUCUAUCUUGUUUUGUUAAUGCACUACUUAUGUUGAAAGUGAAAUUAUUGAAACAGUUUUACAUUUGUUCAAAAUUCCACAUGGUAUUGAUAAACUACAAUUUUGAAUUUUUGACCACACCAAAAAAUAUAUCUUUGCCUAAAACAUUAUCUUUUAAAAUGAUGUUUUUCUGAAAAAUGGUACUUUCACCCCUGCUCUCCUCUACUGACUAAAUAUGGACAAGGGCUAUGUCAUUUUAUUAUGUAAAUAGUUGCUUAAUUAUGUUUGCUCAUUUAACUUUCUUCUUCUAACUGGUGAAAGCAGGUUUGGAUAACUACAGGGAUUGGCUUAGAAAUUUCUCAUUUAUAAAUAACACUGAUUGUAAGACAUUACAAGAAAAAUCUGUCAAGGUGUGGAGAAUGUUUAAUUCUUUAUCUAUGUCAAAACAAAAACCCAUGUUCACAUUCAUAACACAUGGCAUAGAUUUAAGUUUAAAAUAAGUCUAUAAUAUUGUAAUAUGUUAAUAAAUAUAUAAUAUGAACAUAUAAAUAGUUAAUAGUACAUCAACACUUAAUGUCAGCAACAUGAUGUAAUUCAGCAGCAUGAUGUAAUUUAUGUUCCAUACUCUACAGUGAGAUUAAAGGUGCAUUGUGUAACUUUUAAGAGGAUCUCUAGAAAUGCAAUAAAAUAGACAUUACUAUAUUAUUAGUGGUGUAUAAAGACCUUAUAUAAUGAACUGUGUUGUUUUUAUAACCUUCAAAUGUUUUUAUCUACUUACACUGUGGGUCCAAUUACAUGGACGUCACGGCGCUAUGUUUCUACAGUAGCCCUAAAUGGACAAAUUUAUAGAGCAUGUUUGGCACUACGUUGUCUCAGAUAAAUUCAUGUUUGUCCAGUGGGGACUACUGUAGUUUCAUGUUCUUCAUUCUACAUGUUUCGAAAGGGAGGGGUGUGUCUUACCGCUAGACAAUCUUCACAAUGGACCUUUAAGUGGUUGACAAGGUAUAGCAGCCACUGAAAUGUGAG